AUGAGACCCUCAUGCAGAUCUGUCAAGCCCCGCUCUGUAUCGUCUUCACCAGACUCUACAUCAUCAGAAGGGCCAAGAAAGGCUAAUAGAGCCUGUGAAAAAUGCACACGCACCAAGAAGAAAUGCGACAAAGCGUCACCCAGCUGUUCACGGUGUAAGAGACUUGGGAAUAAGUGCUGCUAUGACUAUACAUUCACCCCUCCAGUCACUGCUGUGAUAAGUCCUGUAAGCCCUGCAAACUCUCCCUCUGGGAGCGGACACACGCAGGACACUUUCACGCCAUUCCUUGACAUUUCCAGCUCUAUGAUUUUAAGCCUACUCUCCUCACAUAAUAACAGCCGGAGCCAUUCUAUUCAACACUACUUGGAGACCAUAAAUCCCUACCUCACUAUCGUUCAUCCAGAACUCUGGGCCAUCCGCACCAAUAAUUUCGGAUUCGAUUCUAUUACCGAUCAGGAGCUUCACAACCCUGCUACUGCCCUUUUGGCUGUAUGCAUGCAACUGUUUUCUCGCAGCGAUGAUUCAGUGGAAUCGAUGGGUAUUAAAGGAGAAGAGGGUAUUGACAUGCCAAUCUAUCGGGCUGCCAAGCAAAUCUUAAGCAUCUUGCGGACCCUUGAUACCCCAAGUAUCGAGCUUAUUCAAUGCUCUCUUUUGCUUGCAUUUUACGAGUAUAGCCAUGAGGAUCUAGCACGUGCCUACGUCAGUAUUGGAGAUGCUAAUACUAUGGCUUUGAUCCUGCAGGUGGGCCCUGGAAAAUACCUUGAGGUUGAGCAGGAGGCCUAUAUCCCAUACGAGGAAGAAGAACGUCGCUGCGUUUACUGGAGUCUCUUUGUGCUCGAUUGUCUGAUCCAAACGGAUUAUUCUUUUACUCAUAUGCCGCAUCAGAUACCAUGUCCAGUUGUCUCUCCUCCCGCCGCCGAUGACCUUCUACCGACGAACCACUUACCUUGGUACGAUGAGGACCAGUCUCCCUGCUAUGUCACUCAACGAUAUCCUGCAGAUACAGCGUUCUCAGUCCCUGUCGGGAUUUUCCAGAGGAACUGCCAGUACGCUAUGCUCUAUGCACGAACAUCUCAUCCAGAUCGAUCCGGCUAUAAGUUUGCCAGUCCUACUACCAUCCCAUUAUCCUCAAGACGAUAUCAUUCAACUAUGAAGUGGUCCAUUUCCUCCCCUCCGCUACUAUCCGGGAACUAUACAUGGGAAGAGGAACCUGAUUGGUUUGGGUGUCUGAGUCCAUUUGGCGACGAUACAUCUCUUUUAUCAUUUCAAAGGGACAUUGGCGACUUGAUAUUGCAGAAUGAUGCGAAACUGGAGAAACACAUAUUACAUUCCAGAGAAAGCACGGUGCAAUUUAGUGUCUGUUUAUAA